CGGAAGUGAUGGUAAUAAUAUUCCUAUCUUCACGAUGCUAGUGGUGAGCGGAGUGAACCCGUUAGCUAAGUCCGAAUAACAACGGAAGACCCGUCGAUUGUUUCGGUUUCUAAACGGAUCAGCGAUGGAGCGACAUCGUAAACUACUGGACGUGGUUUUCAAACCGGAAACGAAGCUGCGAGGAGAGGCUUUACCUUUAGAUAUCCGAAAAGUGAUUGUUGGUGAAGAAGAGCAGCAGGAGUGGAGCCCCAGUCUGGACCAGGAGGACCCACCAGAAUCCCCACACAUUAAAGAGGAACAGGACGAGCUCUGGACCAGUCAGGAGGGAGAGCAGCUUCGAGGACUGGAUGUUCCCAAAUUCGCAUUCCUUCCUGUCCCUGUGAAGACUGAAGGUGAUGAUGAUGAUGAUGAAGAGAAACCUCAGUCCUCACAGCUUAAUCAAAGCCAGACUGAGGAGAAAAGAGAGGCAGAGCCUCCAGCCAGCAGCUCCACUGAACAGAUGAAAACUGAAUCUGAUGGCGAGGACUGUGGAGGACCAGAACCAGGCAGGAACUCAGAUCCGGACAGACAUUUAUUAUCAGGUACUCAUGACAAGGCUUCAGACUCUUCAGAUACUGAAGUCAGUGAUGGUGAUUGGGAGGAGACCAGGGAAUCUCAGUCAGGUUUAAACUCUGUGAAAAAUAAUGAAGUCACUGUUAUUGAUUUUAACUGUAAUACUGUUGAGAGAUCAUUUAGCUGCUCUGAGUGUGGGCAAAGAUUUGGCCGCAAGCCACAUCUUAAUGCACACAUGAGAAUUCACACGGGAGAGAAACCAUUUAGUUGCUCCUUUUGCGGUAAAAGAUUUUCUCAAAAGGGAAACUCAAUUAGUCACAUGAGACUUCAUACUGGAGAAAAGCCUUUCAGCUGCUCCAUCUGUAAGAAACGUUUCAGAUAUAGUGGAGAUGUUAGCAGACACAUGAGAAUACACACAGGAAAGAAAAAAAUCAACUGCAAUGUUAGUGACAUAAUCAACAGCAACAUUCACACAGGAUCAGAACCAACCAGGAACUUAGAUCCAGAUAGACAUUUACCAACAGUUACUGAUGAUAAAACAGGACCGGAACCAGAACCUGAGAUUGAACCCAGUGAUGGUGAUUGGAAGGAAACCGUGGAACCUGAGUCAGAUUUAAAUGCUCUGAAAAAUGAUGAUGCCUCCGUAAGUGACAUAACAUGUAAUACUGACAAGGAGUCAUUUAGCUGCUCUGAGUGUCGGAGAACAUUUUGUCGCAAGGACCAUCUGAUGAGCCACAUGAGAACACACACAGGAGAGAAACCUUUUAGUUGCUCAGUUUGUCAGAAACGCUUCAGCUGCAGUGGGAAUAUUUUGGCACACAUGAGGAUUCACACAGGAGAGAAACCAUUUGAAUGCUCAUUUUGUGGCAAAAGUUUCAGCCAGAAAGGAACUUUGCAGCUGCACAUAAGAAUUCAUACCGGAGAGAAACCAUUUAGUUGCCCAUUUUGCGAUAAAAGAUUUGCACAUAAAAGACGUAUGACACUGCACAUGUCCGUCCACACAGAGGAAAAACGAUUCAGCUGCAGCGUCUGUGACAAAAGAUUCACUUGGUACACGCAGCUCAAAACCCACAAGUGUGUCGGCGGGUCCUCGCAGCUUCGUCAAAACCAGACUGAGAAAAAGGUUUCUGUCAAGGAAUCUUUUAGCUGUACGGAGUGUGGUAAAAAAUUUAGCCUUAAGGGCAAUCUGAAGACACACAUGAGAAUUCACACAGGAGAAAAGCCAUUCAGUUGCUCAGUGUGCGGUAAAAGUUUUAAACAAAACGUACACCUCACAGAGCACAUGACGAUUCACACAGGUGAAAAACUGUAUAAAUGCAGUGUUUGUGGCAAAGGAUUCAACAAGAAGUUACUUGUCAAAAACCACACGUGUGUUUAAAUCUGGACACUUUGCGGCUCUCAAUCACAAUCUGAAUUCAUGGAUUUGUAUUUACAAAGAUGUUGAGUGAAUAUUGUCUUUUUUGACUUUUUGCAGUUAAAAAUAAAAAACAAGCAGGCAAACAAUCUAGCUGGCUGUGCACAUUAUUUUCCAGUACAGAAGGAAAAAAUGACCAUAUAGAUUUUAAUCUUUUAAGCAGCUCAAUAACAAAUUAUGAAGUUUGGUAGCUACUGAAUGCUUAAUGUUGAAAUUAAAAUACAGCUGAUUUUACAGUGCUGAAAUAUUUUACUUUGAAACCUUCUAUCUCAAUUUAAUGUGGCCAGACGUGAACUGACCACAGACGCUCGACUGUCCCGCUGUUGCUACAGACAUGUGAACUACCCACAGGGCUCCUGGGAAAUGAUCGUGAACAAAUGUGAACAUAAAUUUAGUAGUUUUUU